AAAAGAUGGUUAUUUAAUGAAAACUUGGCGUCUGCAAGUCUUGCAAAAAAAAUAAAAAAAACGACAGUACUUCGAUCACAUCAGCUUUCUCUCUCUAUAAUUUCUCUCACUGCCUCUCUCAGAUUCAAUCAAUCAGAGUCAGAGUAGCCCUCUCGUUAUUUUCACCACCCUCAUUCUGGAGGUCGCCCCACAACCACAGUCGGCUCUGCUCAUCACGGAGCCUCUUCUGUAUUUCUGGAUUAUCUGUAUAAAUUUCUCCGAAGCGGUAAUUGAUACUCAUUAGCAUCCACAAACACACAUUUCUCCAGCUGUGUGAGCCGAAGGAUUGAAGCGGGAUGGCGGCGUCAUCGGUGGUGUGCUCGUGGCUGAUGGCCGCAUGCAUGUCAGUCGCUUGUGGAAAUGACUCCUCCAUUUCCAUGCUGUCGACGACGUCGUCUAAUCCCUCGCGCCUCAGCAAGUGGGCGCUGCGUCGCCGGAGAAGGGCUGUCGCCAGCUGCGCCCCCCAGCUGUCCGGCAUUCGCAAUCUCAUGAGCUCCUGCUUGGCCUUCGAGCCCUGCGAUCGUUUCUGCGAAUCCUCAUCUGCCUCUGAAUUUUUCUUUGGUUUCGGAUCCAAGGAUGAUGCUCCGGGCCACCGCAGACGCCGGAAAUCCCACCGUCCAGCCGUUCGUUCUGGAGAAGCAAUGGCCAUAGCUGUGCAUCCUAUCAUGGAAAGUACACCCAAGACAAAACCUCCAACCAAGCAAAGAAGAGUGGUUGUGACAGGUAUGGGUGUGGAGACACCACUUGGUCAUGAUCCAGACGUCUUCUACAAUAAUCUGCUUGAAGGAGCCAGUGGCAUUAGUGUGAUUGAGGCUUUUGAUUGUUCCCAGUUUCCAACAAGAAUUGCUGGGGAGAUCAAAUCAUUCUCAACUGAUGGCUUGGUAGCUCCCAAACUUUCCAAGCGAAUGGAUAGGUUCAUGCUUUACAUGCUGACAGCUGGCAAGAAGGCUUUGGCUGACGGAGGAAUUACAGAAGAUGUCAUGGAUGAGUUAAACAAAGCAAGAUGUGGUGUGCUGAUUGGUUCAGCUAUGGGUGGCAUGAAGGUCUUUCAUGAUGCCAUUGAAGCUUUACGAGUCUCAUAUAGAAAGAUGAAUCCAUUUUGUGUACCAUUUGCUACUACGAACAUGGGUUCUGCUAUGCUUGCCAUGGAUCUGGGAUGGAUGGGUCCUAACUACUCAAUAUCUACUGCUUGUGCAACAAGCAACUUUUGUAUAUUGAAUGCGGCAAACCACAUCAUCAGGGGUGAAGCUGACAUGAUGCUCUGUGGGGGAUCAGAUGCAGCAAUCAUCCCAAUUGGAUUGGGGGGCUUUGUUGCAUGCAGAGCACUGUCACAGAGGAACACUGAUCCCACCAAAGCCUCACGCCCCUGGGAUAACGGUCGUGAUGGAUUUGUUAUGGGAGAAGGGGCUGGAGUAUUACUUCUGGAAGAACUUGAGCAUGCGCAGCAAAGAGGGGCUACUAUCUAUGCCGAGUUUCUUGGUGGAAGCUUCACUUGUGAUGCUUAUCACAUGACAGAACCUCAUCCAGAAGGAACUGGUAUAAUUCUCUGCAUAGAGAAGGCCCUGGCUCAGUCAGGAGUUCCUAAGGAAGAUGUCAAUUAUAUAAAUGCCCAUGCAACGUCUACUCCAGCUGGUGAUCUGAAGGAAUACCAAGCUCUUCUACAUUGCUUUGGGCAGAACCCUGAGUUGAAGGUGAACUCUACAAAAUCUAUGAUAGGGCAUCUACUUGGUGCAGCUGGUGCUGUGGAGGCUGUUGCAACUGUGCAGGCAAUAAGAACUGGCUGGGUACAUCCAAAUGUCAAUCUUGAAAAUCCAGAUGAUAGUGUGGACACAAAGGUACUUGUUGGACCAACAAAAGAAAGACUCGAUGUUAAGGUUGCUCUGUCUAAUUCUUUUGGGUUUGGUGGCCAUAAUUCAUCAAUUUUGUUCGCUCCAUUCAAGUAGUUUUAUGGCGCUUAAUUCUAAAAGGAAUAACGAUGGAGGUGGGGUUUUAUUGCUAUGACUAUUGAACGAUGAUCCAAACGAAGUAUUAGCGAUCCUCCAAAUUGUAGCUGUGUUACUCUUUUGCGUUGACCGGAUACAGAAAACAAUCUCUUCUGUAACUAAUAACCCUUGAUUAGCUACUUCCAGUAUCCUACUAAAACAGAGAUUUCAAUCUUGUAUGAUUAAAUUUUGAUUAGAAUUAUCAUUGAUGUGAUUGAAAAGGAUUCUGCAUCUGCAAUUAACCGAAA